ACAACAGUUGUUUUGUUAAUUUACAAUUUAAUAGUUUUUUUUAUCUUAUUUACUAGAAUACUGGUUCACCGACCUUCCAAAACAAUUUUUUAUAAUGUUUUUUUACCUUCCCAACUAAACAAAGAAAGUAUAAAAAGCGUUUAUACACAACUUUUGGAAGCAAAGAGAAAUGUCUAUUGCCGAGAGUCCUUCCAAAGAUUCAGGAAAUACAAGUUUAGAAGGUAGCAUUAAUAACUUGUCAGGUGAAUUUAGUAUAUUAUCCAUGUCUCUUUGUUCAACGGUCUCUUCAACCCUGGAGCAUUUCAGAUGCGAGGGUCAUGCAGAGCACAGUCUUGCAUGUAUGAAAAAUUAUUUACAAGCAGGAAAACUCUGUGAUGUCACCCUUAUUGCAGGAUCAAAUGGAAAACGAGUACAAGCACAUAGAUUGGUGCUAUCGGCAGCAAGUGAGUAUUUUUCAGCGAUGUUUACAGGAAGUCUUAGUAAUAAUGACGAGUCAGAAAUAACAUUAGUUAAUGUAAAUGGGGAUGUAUUACAAGCAGUCGUUGAUUAUUGUUAUACAGGAUGUAUAGAAAUUAGAGAAGACAAUGUAGAAACAUUGCUAUCCACAGCAUGCUUAAUGCUACUACACGAAGUUGUGGAAGCAUGUUCUAGAUUUUUAACUCACCAAUUACAUCCUAGCAACUGUUUGGGAAUAGCAGUAUUUGCAGAACAUCAGGCUUGUUCGAGUUUACUUCAAGAAGCAAAUGCUUACACAAGUCAACAUUUCAUGCAGGUAAUCAAAAACCAAGAAUUUCUUCAAUUGAACGUUGAUCAGAUGUCUGCUCUACUUAAUAAUGAUGACCUGAAUGUAACAUGCGAAGAACACAUUUUUCAAGCUCUGAUGAUGUGGAUUCAACAUGAUCCUGAUAGUAGACGUCAAUAUAUCGGACAUUUAUUGGGAUUAGUCAAGUUACCUCUUCUAACUCCUGCAUUUUUAACAGAUCAAGUAGAACCUGUAUGUGAAGGUGAUAUGGCUUGCCAAAAACUGAUAAUGGAAGCUAUGAAAUGGCACUUACUACCUAAACGUCGUCUUCAGAUGUCUAGCGCAAGAACUAGACCAAGAAAAGCAACGUUAGGAAAAUUAAUCGUAGUCGGAGGCAUGGAUAAAAAUAAAGGUGCUACAACAAUAGAAAGUUAUGAUCCAAGAUGUGAUGCUUGGGUAGUAGCGCAUCACAUGAAUGGAAGGAGGUUGCAGUUUGGCAUAGCACUUAUGGGAGAAAAAUUAUUGAUAGUCGGUGGUAGAGAUGGUUUAAAAACGUUAAAUAGCAUGGAAUGUUUGGAUAUGGAAAGCGGUCAAUGGGCACAACUCAUUCCUAUGAACACUCACAGGCACGGUUUGGGUGUAGCGGUUUUAGGAGGUACUUUAUAUGCUGUCGGCGGUCAUGACGGAUGGAGUUAUCUCAAUACGGUCGAAAGGUGGGAUCCUUCGUCUCGUAGCUGGCAAUAUGUCGCUCCGAUGCAAAAUCAACGGUGUUCUGCCGGUAUGGGGGUUUUAGGAGGUAAAUUAUAUGCCGUUGGUGGUCGGGAUGGUGCUUCAUGUCUUCGUACUGUCGAAUGUUACGAUCCUCACACUAACAAAUGGACUAUGGUAGCUCCUUUGUCUAGGAGAAGAGGUGGAGUUGGUGUAGCUGUAGCUAAUGGAUAUUUGUAUGCUAUGGGAGGACAAGAUGCUCCUGCUAACAAUCCAGCCGCAUCUAGAUUUGAUUGUGUCGAAAGAUAUGAUCCCAGAAUACUCGAUAGCCUAACAAAUGGAAAAGGAAGAAAUGAAAAUUUUAUAUUCAUCAACUUUCUGUUCAUCGAGUUCUGUUUUAAUGGUUUCAGCUAAUAUUAAAAUUUUAUCUACAAAUUUAUUGACAUAUAUCAUUUACUAUUGCCUUGAAGAGGGUUAAUCAAUUCAAUUAUCAUUGCAAAUAUUGAGCUUCUUCUGUCUUCUGACUAUUUCAUAACACUAAAGAAUAGAAUUUCACCACUGAAAUCAAGAUCAAAAUCAUAGGACACUUUAUUAUUUUGUUUCUGAUUUCAAACCAGUACAACACAACAAUAUCUUGAUUCUUCUAACAAGAAAUAUUUCAAUACGCGGUCAAGUAAAGCAAAAAAAGUUUUCCAACCAAAUUUUGUUUUAUUCAUUAAAAUACAUUCCUUAGAGAGUCUAUUUCAAUACGGCUUUCAAAUUGGAAUGAAAUUUCUCUCAUUGGAGCAACUUUUCAGAUCCUCUGCAAUCGCUUGGGAUUAAAUCUGAAGUUUAUGGUUGACGUAGAAACAAUUCAUAACUUUGCGAAAAAAAAUCUAUUAUUUUUGUUCUACUUUUAGAAAGAUUUUUUUUAUAUCCAACUGCUCAUGUAAAAUACUUUCAUAUGAUAUCUUUGUCAUGUUUCUAAAUGUCAAUUGGCAGUUUUCCAUCACAAUUUUCAGGACUUGUUUCAUCUCCUUAUACCAAUCAAUUAUAGUUGAUGUCCCCAAAGAAAAGUCACCGUAACACUUUUCGAGCCAAGCAUUUACCAUAAUGGUUAAACUAUUAAUAGCUGCCGUUUGAAAGAUGGUACUUUAAAGAGAAAAAUAGGAUUUGUAGUGACCUUUAUCCAUCAAAAUUGAUCGAUGGUACAAAUAUCUGAUCUCUGUUAGGUCCCAGGAAGACAUUUCUUUAUCAGUGGUAAUUGGCGCAGGCCAUGUUGUCAUCUACUUAAUGUUUUUUUCCUAAUAAAGAGGAAUUCUUUCCUUCUUUCAGACAACAAGAUUUUGAUUAUUGAGUCCUCGACUAUUUAUUCCAAGAAACAGAGUUUCGGCUACCAAUUUUGUAUGAACAAACAAGCGUUGUCCAAAAAAAUUUCAAUUUUAGCAUAUAUAUGUAUAAGUUUCCUGUAAAAUCAGCAUUGUGUAAUUUUGACAUUAUUUACCGGUUCAGUCACUCUGAAUAUAUAAAAUAUAAACUUUAAGAUGUGCUAAAUAUCUUAUCUACAUUUAUAUACUUGGUUGUAAUAUUCCUCCUUUAGGUCCUUUCAUUGAUUUCGACAGAUAUCUGCAAUAGUAGUAAUUAUAGCCUACUAUAAACUACAAUUCAGAUACAUACAUUUUAGUACUUUUCUACCCAGCUGUGGCUUUUCCUCCAAUGUUUUUGUGAAAAUGGAGAAAAAUUUAUCCAUUAGGUAUUUUUUCACAAAAUCAGGGCAACAAUAGGUUUCUAAUACAGUCAUAAUUUCACUUUCUUUCUUUUUUUUUCCCUACUGGUAUUCAAUGUAUCACUAUAUAUUUAUAUAGUCUCCUCACUGUUCAUGCUUGUUUCUUUUAGAUUCCUCUUAAUUUAAUAUGUCUUCACCUUCCUUCUUUAAUAUCCAUGUCUCCUAUGUAUGUUAUUUUUUCUUAAUGGAUACUCUUAUGCUUCCAAACUUUUCUGCUUCAGCUUAACGUAAAUUAUUUGUCUCUAGUUGAUAUAAGGGACAAAUUAUAUUCUGUUAUUUCUCUCUUCCAAUUUUCUUAUUGCUUCUUUAAUGUCUCUAUCAGAGUUAUGUCAUCUACAAAAACUAGAUGUUAAUCAUUUUAAAUGCGAAAGUAGACAGUUUAUUGGAAUAUUCUUAUAAAAUAAUUUUAGUGCCACAGAUUUAGCCUGACGCAGAUCUAGGGUAAAAUGAUGCAGACAUAAACACUAUAGAGUUAAUCAUCGGAGUGAUUGAAAAGACCUAUCAGUAAAUGAUUUUUAUUUUAUUUAAAUUCAACAUUUAAAAUUAAAUUUAAUGAUUGGCGUAACGGCUAAUUUUUAAAUGGUAUCGUUUGAUACCUAAAACGUUUUACUGAUUUGAAAAGAAGUUCCUCUUCGUCAAAAGUGAAUCGUCUAAAUAUAUACAUCCGAAGAUUCUUUUACAUAAUUUGUUUGAGGCAUUUAUUUGUAAAACUAUUGGGUGAGCAGGCUCCAAUCCAAAUGUGUCUCAAGUGAAAACUGUAAAAGGAAAAUUUUUGGGUGUAUUAGUAAAUAUGGAUGACAAGAACUUUAGAUAACCUAAACCAAUCAUUUCUUUUAUAUUUUACACAUUGGGAAAAUUAUUUAACUGUGUGUUCCAAACUGGAUUAGUUUAAUUUUUUUUGUGUCAAUAGCAAUAAAAUUUAAUCAGACAUAAUCCCUUCGAACAAAAUCUCAAUCGUUUCUGUGAUAUAUUUUGUUUCCAUUUUUUUUAUUAUUCUGAACCUUACAAAAAAUGUUAGAUGUUUAAGAUAAAUAUGUGAUAAAACCUUUGCAACAGAGCUCGUUCUGGUAACCAAAAAUGUAAUUUAAAAAAAAAAUAAAUGUUUUUGAAUCAA